UCAGAGAGCGAGUGCAGCCAUGGCCGGAGCCCCCACCCUGGCCCUGCUCCUGCUCGGGCAGCUCCUGGCCGUGACCAUGACCGAGGCACAGAAAACGGGACCUCCAGGCCCCCCUGGUCCCCAAGGGCCACCUGGGAAGCCCGGCAAGGACGGCAUCGAUGGAGAAGUUGGCCCUCCAGGUCUGCCUGGGCCCCCGGGACCGAAAGGGGCUCCAGGGAAGCCAGGGAAAGCAGGAGAGGCCGGGCUGCCAGGCCUGCCUGGUGUGGACGGCCUGACAGGGCGUGAUGGACCCCCAGGACCCAAGGGUGCCCCUGGAGAACGGGGAAACCUGGGACCCCCAGGGCCGCCUGGGCUGGGGGGCAAAGGCCGCCCCGGACCCCCCGGAGAGGCAGGGGUGAGUGGCCUCCCAGGUGGACUCGGCCUCCGUGGCCCCCCGGGACCCUCCGGACUUCCAGGCCUCCCUGGCCCCCCAGGACCUCCGGGACCCCCUGGUCACCCAGGGGUCCUCCCCGAAGGCGCUACUGACCUUCAGUGCCCGGCCAUCUGCCCGCCCGGCCCCCCUGGACCCCCAGGAAUGCCAGGGUUCAAGGGACCCACGGGCUACAAAGGGGAGCAAGGAGAAGUCGGCAAGGACGGGGAGAAGGGUGACCCCGGCCCCCCUGGGCCCGCCGGCAUCCCAGGCACCGUGGGGCUGCAGGGUCCUCGGGGGCUACAAGGACUGCCAGGGCCACUCGGGCCCCCCGGGGACCGGGGUCCCAUUGGAUUCCGAGGGCCCCCCGGAAUCCCAGGAGCUCCCGGGAAAGUGGGUGACAGAGGCGAGAGAGGCCCGGAGGGGUUCCGAGGCCCCAAGGGUGACCUUGGCAGACCUGGUCCCAAAGGCGUCCCCGGAGCGGCCGGGCCGGGUGGAGAGCCGGGCAUGCCGGGCAAGGAUGGCCGGGAUGGCGUGCCGGGACUCGAUGGCGAGAAGGGAGAGGCUGGUCGCAAUGGUGCCCCAGGGGAGAAGGGUCCCAACGGGCUGCCGGGUCUCCCAGGACGAGCAGGGCCCAAGGGCGAGAAGGGAGAACUGGGCAGAGCUGGAGAGCUGGGUGAGGCUGGUCCCUCGGGAGAACCUGGCAUCCCAGGAGACGUUGGCGUGCCUGGGGAGCGCGGCGAGGCUGGCCACAGGGGCUCAGCGGGUGCUCUGGGCCCACAAGGCCCUCCUGGGGCCCCUGGUGUCCGAGGUUUCCAGGGCCGGAAGGGCAGCGUGGGAGACCCCGGGCUGCCGGGUCCCCAGGGUCUCCGAGGCGACAUAGGUGACCGGGGCCCGGGAGGAGCCACAGGGCCUAAGGGAGAACAGGGGAUCGCAGGUUCCGAUGGUCUUCCCGGGGACAAGGGAGAACUGGGUCCCAGUGGCCCUGUGGGACCCAAAGGAGAGUCGGGCAGUCGAGGGGAGCUGGGCCCAAAAGGCAUCCAGGGUCCCAAUGGCACCAGCGGUGUGGAGGGCGUCCCAGGCCCCCCGGGCCCUGUGGGCUUCCAGGGUGUCCAGGGCGUGCCUGGCAUCACUGGGAAGCCCGGAGUCCCGGGGAAAGAGGCCAGCGAGCAGCACAUCCGGGAGCUGUGCGGGAGCAUGGUCAGUGAACAAAUUGCACAGUUAGCUGCUCACCUGAGGAAGCCUUUAGCACCAGGGUCCAUCGGUCGGCCUGGUCCAGCUGGACCCCCGGGACCCCCGGGGCCCCCAGGCUCCAUUGGCCACCCUGGUGCUCGAGGGCCCCCUGGAUAUCGUGGUCCCACCGGAGAGCUGGGAGACCCCGGACCCAGAGGAAACCAGGGGGACCGAGGAGACAAAGGCUCAGCUGGCGUGGGUGUGGACGGGCCUGACGGAGACCAGGGGCUCCAAGGACCGCAAGGCGUGCAGGGCGUGAGCAAAGACGGCAGAGACGGGGCCCCUGGUGAGCCCGGGCUGCCUGGUGACCCUGGCCUUCCUGGUGCUGUUGGAGCUCAGGGGACCCCUGGCAUCUGCGACACCUCGGCCUGCCAAGGAGCCGUGAUGGGAGGCACUGGGGAAAAAUCGGGACCUAGAAGCUCCUAAAACAUAACUUAAGGCAGCAAGUGAGAAAGCGAUGCCGAGCCGAGCAGUGAGCUGUGGAAGGACACCCAGAGAGCAGCAGUGUCUGGUAUUAAGGAGUGGACGACACACCGUGCCGUGACGUCCAGCGAGGCCUUCCUGGCCUGCCCCUCCAGGUCCUCACUCGCAGUGACUGGACACUUGGUCCCUGAGAGCAUCCUGCAUCGAGCUGUUGUCUCUUCGUGUACUGACCUUGGUCCAUUCAGCUGUACCCGCAUACCUCAGACACAGGCCCUACGUAAUAAAACCGUAAACCCAGCAUCUGAGAGGACAUAGGGUGUACAUAUAACAGCUCUGUACAAUUCCAUAGAUAAAAAAUACUUAGCAACUUGUUUACAUAGCAUCUGUGUAAAGACUGAGAUACGA